CGCAGGGCUUGUCAGGACCUGGCCCACCUGUCCUAAGGAAUCUGGUCUUUUUUGCAGAUCUGCUGGUGCGCAUGGAUCACAGCAACAAGGGGACGGAUGAAGCCUGGCGAUCUGCUCUGCAUGGCAGCACAAGUGCAAACUGAGCCGGGUUCUGUGCGGGACAUCAUGUAGGAAGGGCUGCUGCUGCAGAUCAGUACUUUUUUUUUUUUUUCUCAGCUGAGGAAAUGGCUUCGCCAAAGCCAGCGCAGAUGGAACAUGAAGAGUUCUUGACGGACCUGGACCGGAUGACCAAGCGGCUUCAGGAGGACGGCUUGCCUCCACAGGCCGGCGCGGAGGAGCGGCAGCGGCAUUUAUGGCAGCAGCUGCUCAGCACCGAGGCGACGCUUCAGUCGGUCUCAGAGGAGCUGCAGACGUUACGUACGCAGCAGGCCAAUGAAAUGAAGGAGGUGGAGAGCUAUGUGGCACACAUCCGGGCGCUGUUGGAAGAGCGAGAGUGUCUGACUGCGGAGUACGAGAAAGACAACGAGGACCUGCGCCACGAGCUCCACCAAAUCAAACAUCAGCAAGAGAUCCAGAGCAAGGAGAUGGCGGAGAUGUUGUCGCAGGAAGAUCUGGGGGAGAUAGGUUUGAGCAGCCCCAGUGAGCAGGUGGCCUACCUGCUGGUGGAAAGGGCCACCCUGCUGGAAAGGCUGGAGGCCGCCGAGGGGAAACUGGAAAGUCAUCCCCUCGUCGUUCACACCAACAAUGGCGACCAUCAGGAGCAGAUCCAAAUAGUGGGAGAGAACCUCAGGCAGCAGAGGGAGGAUAUGCACAAGACCAUAGACCACAUGGCAAAGCAGUCUUCAUCCCAGAGUCCGUGGAAGAAGCUGUUUGGCCUGCGCAGGUCUGCUCAGAGCAAACACGCUUUGAGCCCUGCCCACAGCGAGAUCUCCAGGGAGCGGACGGAGCGGCAGCGGCUAGAGCGGGACCUGGAAGAGGCGUCCAGGAGGCUGGCGAUGGCCCAUCAAGACAUUCGCAGACUCAACAAUGAGCUCGAUGCAGCCAAGAACGACAACCAAGACCCGUGUGAUAUGAUGAAGCUGCAGCGAGCCAAAGAGCAAAAUGACAGACUGGAUGAAGAGAACAUGGCUCUCAGGGAAAGAGUACGCGUCAUAGAGUCUGAGAAGAAAAGUCUUAUGGAUCAGGUGGCAAAAUCUAAUGCAACCAAAGAAGACUUAAAGAUCAAGAGCAGCGAAUCAGAAAACCGUGUCUCUGCUGUGUCAGCUCAAGAAAAGGAUCAGGUUCAUAAACGUUGUCAGGAAGCGGUGGAGGACGGACUGGUGCAGGUAAGAGAGCUGCAACGGCAACUCCAGAGGCUCCGCAAGGAGCAGGAGGAGCUGGAGGAGAGGAACGAGGAGCUGGAGGCCCUGUUGGGGGAGGCCCAGAACGCCAGCAAGGAGGAGAGGCAUCGCCAUGAGGGAGAAGUGGAGGGGCUGCACAGAAGGAUUAAAAGCCUGGAGGCAGAGCUGAAAAAGCAGGAAGAGAAACUGAAAAACGGCGAGGAGGGGAAGGCCACCGAGUCCUACCUACACGCCCACCUGAGGGACAGCUCCCAGGAGAGAAUGGCCCUGCUGGAGGCCCGUCUGACUGAGGAGAAGGAGUGGAGGAAACAGCUGGAGUUGGAUCUCACAGCUGCUCAGGCUGCCCUCAAGAAAGAUAAAGAGGCUUUGCAGAUAGGCGAGCGAGAGCUGAAGAAGCUGAGACUGGAGGUGGGUGGUCUUCGGACCGAAUGCCAACAGGGGAAAACCCUCAUCAAAAGUCUGACCCAGGUCAAGGGAGAGAAGGCAGUCCUAGAAGAAAAGGUGGCCCAGAUGGAGCGUGCUUACAGCCGACUCCAGAGUGAGCUGGAGCACAAGGAUGGUGACCAGACUCUGGGGAAAAUGAUGGAAAACAGGCUUCAGGCUGAUCAAACACAGCAGCGCGUCGACAGCCUUAACGUCGAACUCGGCCGCCUGCAGUCUUCACACGACGCGCUGAGGGAGGAGAUGGCCUCUGAGCGACAGAAGGCUGCUGAGCUCCAGGCCGAGCUGAGCAACGCCGUUCAUCUCAAGCUAGAGGCCGAAGGGAAAAGAGAGAGGCUGGAGCUGGAGGUCCAGCGGCUCACCAAGCAGCUUCAGUGGCAUCAGGAGCAGCUGUCCUCUGCUAGGGAAGCAGUGCGUUGCAGCCAGAAGGCUGAACUCCACACAGCUAAUACAGGAUUUAGGCCCGAAUCAGUGGAGAAAGCGAGGGUUGAAGGUUUGGAUCAGCUUUCCUCUUUGAAGAAGGAGAUAAAUGUUCUGGAGGAUAAGUUGGAGGAGGAGCGGCAGCUAGCCUCUCAGCACCAGAUGGCGCUUCAGGCUCAGAUUAAUGAAGCCCAAGCACAUAUUAAGUCCCAGGAUUCAGUGCUGAGCCAGAAGGCAGAGGAGGCUAAACAGAUGAAGCAGGACGUGCAGAGGGCCCAGAGCCUGUUCACCUCGGCUGAGAAGGAGCUGCGCUACGAGAAGGAGAAGAGCAUGGAUCUGAAGAGACACAACACUCUGCUGGAGCAGGAAAAACUCAAACUCGGUGCCGAGCUUAAGCAGGCCCAGUCCAAGCUGGUCCAGCUGGAGCAGAAGCUCCAGACCCAAGAUGGCGAGUGUGAACGUCAGCAGCAGAAAGUGCGGGAGCUAGAGCUGCAGCUGAUACGCAGCAGCACAGCCGGCAGCACCACGGCGAGUCUGCAGGAGGAGCUGCAGGCCGAGCGGGCGCGGCUCAUUGCCGCCGACAAGAAGGUGUUGGAGCUCCAGCAGCAGCUAAAGAACGCCCAGCACCAGCUACGCGUUGAGGAGGCUCGGGCCGGCGAGAGCAGCCGCCUGGAGAGGGACAGCAGGGAUCUGUCUGACACCUUGUCGGCCCUGAGAGCCCAGCGGCAGGAGGAGCACAUCACCAGGAAGCUUUUAGAGCAGCGUGAGGAGGAGCUGCAGCAGCAGGUGCGCUCGCUGAGGCUGAAGGAAGCGUCCCUUAACAGGACCAACACAGAGCUCAGCCACCGCGUCCAGCAGCUGGACACCCGGCUGUCCAUCCUGGAGGCUGAGCUCAACAAGACCAAGGAGGAGGCGAAAAGCAGCCAGAAGUCCAGCCUCAAACUGCAGGAGGAGCUGGUGGCCAGUCAGCAGGAGUGUGAAAAGCUGCAGGAGGAGCUGCAGCAGGUUCUCCUCCAGCUAGACGCACGCAUCAGGAAGUACAACGAAAAGCAAAGUCAGCACAAGAGCAAGCUGCGUCAGGCCAAGCAGGUUUUCCUGAAGGCAACGGCACAGAGAGACGCUACCAUCCAGAAGCUGGAGAAUGAUCUGGCGCUGGCCUCCAGUCUCUCCUACAAGGAGAAGGAGCGGAUCAAUGCGGUGACGAUCGAAAACGAGAAGCUGUUGGAGGAGAAGCGGGAACUGUUGCGGCGGAUAAGUGAGGCAGAGGACAUGGGCAGCAAAGGCAUGAGGACUGCCUCCACCGUCCAACACAGGGUUAAUGUCUUAGAAGUGGAAAACAGACGGCUGCAGGAGAGAACCAUGAAGCUCUCCAAUCAAGUUAGCUCCCUGGAGCGUGCUCUGAGGAAUGUCGAGUCAUUCUACGGUCUGGAGAAUGCCAAGAAAAUGUUCCCGUCUGAUGGUUUCACAGAAGGCGCCCUGCAUGCAUCCACUCUCAGUCUGACCUCAGGUGCCUGUGAUCAUGUGGACAUCCUGGACGCACUCUGUCGUGCGAAGGUGUGCAAGCACGUGGUGCUGGAGGGCCCAAGGACUUCAGCCUCCGCUCAGCAGCCAUCUGAGCAGGGGUACCUGAAUCUCACCUCCCCGCUGGUUACUCCAACUUCCACAAGAGAUAUAGAAGAGACCUCUGACGGCAACGACCAGGUUUAGUGCCGUCGCUGCCAGCCCACGUAAGCCCUACGGUCCCCAUGAAAUUCUGCCCACACUGCAGUUUUGACUCAGGGUUGUGUUCGAAAGGCAGAUUCUUCUUUGGCUCGCAAGUACUGUAUUUUGUUCCAUUUUCUUACUGAAAGUUAAUAUUUUUUAACAAAGCCUUUAUUAAUCAAGUAUUUUUUUAUAUGCUCUGUUUUAUAGGACAGCAAUGUUCUGUGAAUAUUAGAAAUUACCUGCUUUAUCUACAAUUGCACCACCUCUAAAAGUUGAACAUGUUCUAUUUGUUUGCCUUUGCACACCAAAGCUUAUGAGCAUCACUGCCAGCUUCCUCUAGUCCAUACAGAAAAAACUGACGGUGUUUGCAACGGAACAUUAUGUAAAAAGACUUCACACCAGUGCUGUAAAUGUGAAAUGCAUUUUUUAUGACAGGUUUGUUUUAUUGAUUAUGUUUGAACUUAAGCACUUUAAGACAUUUUUACACAGAUGUUUACACUUGAGAAGUUGUAGCAAUGGAGUUUUAAAUACUGGGAUAUUCAUUGUUUUUCCUGGUUCCAUUUUGCAGUGUUUUGAUGCCUUACGAUGCCUAAAGUGUUGGUAACUGUUAUACUAAAAAAAAAAAAAGGAAAAAAAAGUCAGUUCAUUGAGUUCUUACCAAUUUACAGAUGUUUAGCCGAUAUAGCUUUCUUAAUGCUGAUAGAUUAUGUGGUACUUUAUGUGUUUUACCCUCUUAGUCUAUUUUAAGUUUCCUCUGGUUGUUCUUAUUUUAGUCCACAUAAAACAAGUUUCCUCCAAGAGGCAGCACAGUGCUCAUCCAUCCAUCCAUCCAUCCACUUUCGAACACGUCUAUCCCUUGUGGGGUCGCAAGGUGUGCUGGUGCCUAUCUCCAGCUGUCAAUGGACAGGUCGCCAGUCUGCACAGUGCUAUUCAAUCCGUUGGAAAACUGCAACCACUUUUAUGUUUUAAAGGAGCAAUAAGUGAAAUUUCAUUCUUUUUGAUAGAAAGAACAAAAAA